GCGCGUAGACAGGCGGAGCCCAAGUGGGCUAUCUAGCUACAUAAACAUUAGAAGGAUGUCAUAUAUAAUAAUACAGCGUAGUGGAUAACCAACAUUUUCUUUGAUGAACGACAAAUACAGGUAAUUAGAUUGUCGUCUUUUUAAAAAAUCAUAUUCAGUCGCUGUCUUCACUGGGCCUGUGGACUUGUUAUAAUGCCUACUUCAGACACUCGGAUCAGGAAAAGUUCAAAUGCAAUGGCACGAGUUUCUAAAACACCCUCACGGAAGCCUGGACUUCCUGUGGUCAACCACAAGAUAACUGCUAAAGGCAAAGGCGAGAUUAUAAACCCUAAACCAGUUGAUCUAAAUCGCGUGUUACGUCUCCUUCAGGAUCCUUUAGCCGUUUCUUUAAAGGAAAGACAUUUAUUCACUUUCAAGAAGGUGAUAAAGACAUAUCAUAAAGGAUUUCGUUUAAGGGAUCUUGAAAACAUCAUCAAAGUCUUAGACAUCUGCACAGAGAAGAUCAAGGACCACCCAGAAUACACUCCUAUGUUAUAUGAUUUGCUUAAGAUAUGUGGACUCCCUUUCCUGAAAGAGAAGACCUCAGAUGAGGUGAAAUACACCGACGCUGCAAAACAGUCACUCUCUCAGUUGGGAUACCUGAUGAGAGUACCCAAAGCAGAUGUCCGACUGCAGCUCUGUGCAUCAAUUUCGUCCUUUUACAACUCUGCAACACCUAAGCCACCAGACACAGGUCUGCAGCCACUGAGUCUGAGCUCCAGACGGCGGCUGCUGGAGCAGAGUGGUGUGGUGGAGACGCUGGUGCUGGCCCUGGCUCUGCUGGAGGACCAGCUGGCUGUCCGGCUGCAGCUGCUCCACACUCUGCAGGUCCUCUCCUGCACCUCUGAGGUGAACUGUGAGCUGAUGUUGAAGGCCCAAGCUGCCCAGAAGAUCUGUCUCCACAUGAACGAGCCUGACCCCUCUGGCCAGCUGCUGUUCCGCUCCUCUGAGAUUCUGUGGAACCUGCUGGAACGAGGCUGCCCCCAGGAGCUCACUGAGCAGCUCAGCAGCAUGGACUGCAUCCUGUGCCUGAAAGAGGCCUUUCUAAACCAGCUCCGGCAUGGCUACAGAAACUAUGACCAGCAGCUAAGAAACGAUCUUCUGGUCAUCACAACUCUUAUUGCAGAGAACCCCAAAGCACCACUCAUUGAAAGUGGGUUUGCCCAGCAGCUCAUCCUUUUUGCUACCUUUCCAGAAAUGAAGAGUCAUAAUCCCCUCACCCGUAACCUCAAGUUGACCUUCAACAAUGAGGACUUUGAGAUGAAGAAGUUGCUGCUGAACCUGGUGGUUGUCAUGUCUCAGGACUUAUCCUCCGUGCAGCUUUUUAGAGAGGGUAGAGUCAUGUUGGCAUUGAUGUACUUGGUGAAGCCUCCGGACACAGCUCAGUCCAGCGGCCGCGGUUGGACUCCUGUCCAGCAGGAGGAGCUGCAGCUGCAGGCCCUGGCCUCGCUGACCACCGUGGCUCCACUGAUGCUGGAGGAGUACAUGACCUGCCAGGCAAACACCUGCUUACUCAUGCUGCUGGAGUGGUGCGUUCAAGAAGGUGACAGAGCUCAGUCAGGGAAGUUUGGUUAUGGUGUUCAUAAAGAUGCGUACUUCAGCCAGGGCCACAGUUUCCAUGGUACUGGGGGAAGGGGCAGUAAGAAGGCUCAGCUGCGCUACAGUGUGCGUCUCCUGAGAUCCAUGGUGUCGCUUGCCAACCCCAUCAUCAACCAGGACCUCUGUGAUCAAGGGGCGAUAAGCCUGUUUAUAGAGCUGCUGAUACAGCUGGGUGGGCCUGAUGAUGAGGAUGCCAUUGCCCUGGAGAUCAAAGCUGACCUGCAGCUCAUCCUGUCGACACUCUGUGAGAGUGACAUACACAGGAAGGAACUCUUUGGAACUGAAGGGGUUGACAUGACUGUCCGUUUUCUGAAAAUGAACUCAGCCAAGUUUUUCAGUGGCAUGGGCCACAGCAAGCUCAUUCUCUCCACUGUGGACUGUGUUUGGUCCUGUAUCAUUGGGUGUUUCACCAAUGAGGAUGUUUUUCUGGAGAGGGAAGGGAUUUUUCUUCUAUUUGAUCUCAUUCAUUCCAGCCCGAUGACGAUGCAUGGCGUGGUGCUGGGGGCUCUGCUGGAGCUGUGUGACAACCCCAAAGCGCUGCCCCACGUGCAGGCCUGGCGGGGGCCCGACGGCCAGAGCGCCCCCCACCUGCUGCUCCAGCUCUGGAGGCAGGAGGAGGAGGACCUGGGUGUGCAGCGGGACCAACACGGGCGGAUCACAGACCCUGUGAGGCCUCUGGUGCACGCUCACCAGGAGGAGCAAGCGCAGGAGUCGACUCCAGCAGACACACCCAGUGCUGCCGUGGUGGAUGUGGCUGGGAACCAGCGCUGUAAGAUCUACGGCCUCUUCUGCAAGCUAGGUUUUGAGGACCUGCCUGGAUUGGUGGCGGAAGACUACAUCACUCUAAGCAUUGUCAGCAGAUAUUUGGAUUUUAAGACGGGCGAGGUCUGGGAGGAGAUCUCACGUGAGUUGGCACUUGAAGGCGUACGGCCUGUUACCCCGGACGCAGAAGCCUUGCAGACCAUCUCCCAGGCAACGGAGGACACAGCGAAGAGGGUGUCGGAGCAGCAGAGUGCCAUCCUGCAGAGGCAGGAGGAGGAGGAGGCUCAGAAGGAGCAGCAGACAUACGCAGAGAUAAGAUCAAAUCACAAACAGCAGGAACUUACAGCCAAGUCAUGGGAGCAUUUUGUGGCGAAGACAUCAGACCACAAGAUUUUAAAGGAGUGCAAGAAGCGUCAGGAGAAGUCCAUUGAGUCGUCGCGGCCAAAGGCCAAAGGAAAGGACAGUGGCACCAUUUACCACCACACCCACAUCCCAGGCCUGCAGACCACAACAUUCUGUGGCCGAGUGAUGGCAGUAGAGAGUACCCCAGCGCACCUGACUGGAGGCCCCCUGGCCAACACAGAUCUAGCCCUAGCGAGGGUCCCCAUGCAGGGGGGAGCCCUGAGGAAGCUGCCCCAAGCCACCCAGCAAGACCUGGAGCACCUCAACGCUGUGUCUGUGCAAUAAAGAUCUCCUCAUUUUUUACCAUAAA